AUGCUGUUCCAGUGGAUUCUGAGAGGGCUUACUCUGGCUUUUCUUCUCAAAACUACUCUGUCCCUAAAUCCAGAUGAUCCAAAUGUUUGUAGCCACUGGGAAAGCUACGCCGUGACCGUGCAGGAAUCUUACGCUCAUCCCUUUGACCAGAUCUAUUACACACGAUGCACAGACAUCCUCAACUGGUUCAAGUGCACCAGGCACAGGAUCAGCUACAAGACCGCGUACCGCAGGGGGCUGCGCACGAUGUACCGGCGGCGCUCCCAGUGCUGCCCCGGCUACUACGAGAGCGGGGACUACUGCAUACCACUGUGCACAGAGGAGUGUGUGCAUGGAAGAUGUGUCUCUCCUGACACGUGUCACUGUGAACCAGGCUGGGGAGGGACUGAUUGCUCAAGUGGCUGCGACAGCGAGCACUGGGGGCCCCACUGUAGCAACCGCUGCCAGUGCCAGAACGAAGCGCUCUGCAACCCCAUCACGGGCGCCUGCGUGUGCGCCGACGGCUUCCGAGGCUGGCGCUGCGAGGAGCUCUGCGAGCCGGGCACCUACGGCAAGGGCUGCCACUUCCAGUGCCAGUGCCACCACGGGGCCACCUGCGACCACCAGACCGGCGAGUGCCACUGCGCGCCCGGGUACACCGGAGUGUUCUGUGAGGAGCUGUGUCCCCCCGGCAGCCACGGAGCCCAGUGUGAGCUACGCUGCCCCUGCCAGAACGGGGGAGUUUGUCACCACAUCACUGGGGAGUGCUCCUGUCCUGCUGGAUGGAUGGGUCUGGUGUGUGCACAGCCGUGUCCUCCUGGAACCUUUGGAAUUAACUGCAGCCAGGACUGCCCAUGCCACAACGGAGGACACUGUGACCCUGUGACAGGAGUAUGCCUGUGUACAGCUGGCUAUAUAGGAGACAGGUGUCAGGAGGAGUGUCCCAUUGGCACCUACGGCUUCCAGUGCACUCAGACCUGUGACUGCCAGAACGGGGCCAAGUGCUACCACGUCAACGGAGCCUGCAUCUGUGACCCUGGGUUCAAAGGCAUCCACUGCCAGGAACGGAUGUGUCCUGAAGGGUUUUAUGGCCUCAAAUGCAACAAGAGAUGCCCUUGCAAUAUUACCAACACCCUCAGUUGUCAUCCUCUGUCUGGGGAGUGCAGCUGCAAGGCUGGCUGGGCUGGGCUCUACUGCAACGAGACGUGUCCUGUGGGCUACUACGGCGAGGGCUGUCGGGUGCCCUGUCCCUGCCACAACGGGGCCGACUGUGACAGCAUCACUGGCAGCUGUAUCUGUGCCCCAGGCUUCAUGGGAGAUGACUGCACCACUCCCUGCAUGGCAGGAACCUACGGAACCAAUUGCUCCUCGGUUUGUAACUGCAAGAACGACGGCACUUGUUCCCCUGCGGAUGGGCUGUGCUACUGCAAAGAAGGGUGGCAAGGAGUGGAUUGCUCUAUUCCAUGUUCAAGUGGGAGCUGGGGUCUGAACUGUAACCAGACGUGUUCCUGCAGCAAUGGAGCAUCCUGCACGCCAGCUGAUGGCUCCUGCCUCUGCUCCCCAGGAUGGCAGGGGGAGUUCUGUGACCAGCCUUGUCCUGAUGGAACAUAUGGCCUUAAUUGCAGUGAGCGUUGUGACUGCAACCACGCGGAUGGGUGUGAUCCUGUCACUGGGUACUGCUGCUGCCUUGCAGGCUGGACAGGCAUCCACUGUGACAACAUCUGCACCCAGGGCCGCUGGGGACCCAACUGCUCCAUCUCCUGCAGCUGUGAGAACGGGGGAUCCUGCUCCCCUGAGGAUGGAACCUGUGACUGUGCACCAGGAUACAGGGGACCCUUGUGCCAGAGAAUUUGUCCCCCUGGGUUUUACGGCCACCACUGCAGCCAGCCCUGUCCCCAGUGCGUGCACAGCAAUGGUCCCUGUCACCACGUGUCCGGACACUGCGACUGCCUGCCCGGCUUCUCGGGCCCUCUCUGCAACCAAGUGUGUCCUAGUGGGAAAUUUGGGAAGGACUGUGCUGAGGUCUGUCAGUGCACCGAGAACGGGACCUGCAAUCCCAUCGAUGGAUCGUGCCAGUGCUUCCCAGGCUGGAUAGGGAUGGACUGCUCCCAGACUUGUCCCACUGGGUUUUGGGGCCCUGAUUGCUUUCAUUCAUGCAACUGCCACAACGGAGCACUGUGCAGCCCCUACGAUGGAGAAUGUAGAUGUACCCAUGGCUGGACGGGGCUCUACUGCACUCAGCGUUGCCCAGCUGCUUUUUAUGGAAAGAACUGUGCCAAUGUGUGCCAGUGCCAGAACGGAGCUGACUGUGACCACAUCACCGGGCAGUGCACGUGCAGGACAGGAUUUACAGGCAAACAGUGUGAGCAGAAGUGCUCUCCAGGAACAUUUGGUUAUGGUUGCAAACAAUUGUGUGAGUGCAUGAACAAUGCAACGUGUGACCACGUCACAGGCACUUGCUACUGCAGUCCGGGCUUCAAAGGAAUCCGAUGUGAUCAAGCGGCUCUUAUGAUGGAAGAAUUAAACCCCUAUACUAAAAUUAGCCCUGCUCUUGGAUCAGAGAGGCACUCAGUGGGAGCAAUCAUUGGAAUUAUUGUUCUCCUUCUAAUUAUUAUGGUCUUGCUGGCACUCUUUGUGUGGUAUCGACGGAAACAGAAGGAGAAGGGCCAUGACAUGCCAAGUGUAUCUUACACUCCAGCCAUGAGGAUGACUAAUACAGAUUACUCACUUUCUGAUAUAUCCCAAGGUAGCAGCAGUGUUCAUUGUUUUUCCAAUCCAAGCUACCACACUCUCUCAUGUGGGGUGACUUCACGCUUCUUUCCCAGUAAUUUGGAUGGAAACAUCUCCUGUAAGCUCAGUAACAAAAUCCUUGACAGAGAAACUGCUGACUGGAGACCCUACAGCUAUCUGAAUGAACUAGGUGCUUGUGGGAUGGAUAGACGUCAGAACACAUACAUAAUGGAAAAAAGCUUCAAAGAUUAUAUGAAAGAAUCUGUGUGCAGCUCCAGCACUUGUUCCCUGAACAGCAGUGAAAACCCAUACGCCACCAUUAAAGACCCCCCCAUUUUAACCUGCAAACACUCCGAGAGCAGCUACGUGGAAAUGAAAUCACCUGGUCACAGGGAGUCCCCGUAUUCUGAAAUGCCAACUUCAUCAACAGCCAAUAAAAACAUCUACGAAGUUGAGCCCACUGUCAGCAUAGUCCAAGACGCCCGCAGUCGGAGUGCCAGUUACCUUCAGAACCCGUAUGACCUGCCCAGGAACAGUCACAUUCCUGGUCACUACGACCUGCUCCCCGUCCGGCACAGCCCGACACACGGCCCUUCUUGGGACAAGCAGUCUUAG